CUUCAACACGUCGCGUCGCGUCAGAUAGUCAAAAGCAAACAUGGCGCAUCUUCCGGAGAGUCAAGCGCAGUUUGAGUACACAAAAAUGCAGCUCAUUGGCAGUCUUGGUGCCGUCGCCGAGACUAUGCGCAAUGCUGCGACCUUUGCAGAGCAGUUCGCCCAACUGCUCACCCCGCUGAGCUACCCUGGUGCACCGUUGAUGUUCCCGAACGGUCAGAUGCCCCAGAUGUUACCCCCUCAGGCGGAGCCAACCGGGGGAAAGCGCAAGGCUCGCGGCGAUGAUGAGGGCGAGGGCAAGAGGAAAAGGAAGACCAAGCCCAAGGAUCCGAAUGCGCCAAAGCGUCCUCCGUCGUCUUACCUUCUCUUCCAAAAUGAGGUCCGCCAGGAGCUAAAGGCCAAGCACCCUAACAUCCCAAACAAUGAGCUUCUGGCGAAGAUUGCCAAGGCGUGGGGUGAUAUGCCGAAGGAGCAAAAAGACAGGUAUGAGUCGAGGCACGCAGUCUCGAAGAACCAUUACCUCGAGCAAAAGAAAGAAUACGAACGCACUCUUACUGGUGGUGAUCAAGUGCCUGCUACCGAAGUACGACAGGGCGUGAACCCAGCGGUCAUUGCCCCUGCGGCUGCCCCUACACCGGCCGCCGCAUCUUCUGAUCAGGAAGACGAGGAGAACGAGGUUGGCGACGAUGAUGGAAAGGAGGUCUCUUCUUCCAGCAGUUCGGAGGAGGAGGUGGAGCGGAGGCCGCCUCCUAAGAAGUCCAAGCCAGAGAGCAAGGACGACUCUAAGGAGAAGAGGCGGAAAAGCAAGGCUUGAACAUCGCGCCACGCAGGGGCAGGGUCCAGAUUUGGAUUGGGCUGAGGAUGACGAUUGGCAGGCGUCUUGGACUGCAGAUUCCGAAGAUUACUUGCACCUAUAUUUGUUCCCCUUCCCGUAGCUUAUCUACCGUAUUGCAUAAUCUUGUACCCCGAGCAGGGACGCACCUUGGAUCAC